UUACAAAUAUCAACCAUAUCAUAUCUCUCUUUCCAACUUUUCCCCGACCUUCCUCCUUCUCCCCCCCUUAUAUUCUCUUCACUUCAACCCCCAAAUAUUUCAUUCAAUCUUCUUUCCUUCUCUCUCUAUCUCACUCAAUAUCAUUUCCUUUUUUCUCCUAUUCUCAUUUCUAUCCCAAAUCAUCCCAAAUCCCAAAUCCCAAUGAAUCAUCUCUCUCUAAAUUCAGAUACUCUCUGGUACACCCCCACAACAAUGGAACCCCCUCAUCACCACCAUCAAAAAUCCCUCCCAUUUUUCUACAACCCUUCUUCUCUUUCUCUCUCUUCUUCCUUCCGAUACGAUGACGUUGAAUCAGACAACAGCACAACCAACAAUAACAAUAAUAACACUUCCCAUUCGAUAAUCAAUGGCGGCAUUGACCGAUCUGAAACGACGUCGUCUUCCCCAUCAUCAAUUGACCAUGAAUACAUGUUUGAAAAACCCUUAACUCCAAGCGAUGUCGGAAAACUUAAUCGACUCGUUAUACCCAAACAGCACGCUGAAAAAUACUUUCCUCUUGCCGGAGAUUCUUCCGUCGUUGAUAAGUCGAAUAAUCCCGGUGCUGGUGGUGGGGUUUUACUAGCGUUUGAAGAUGAGUCUGGAAAGUGCUGGAAGUUUCGAUACUCGUAUUGGAAUUCUAGUCAAAGUUAUGUGUUGACUAAAGGUUGGAGUCGUUACGUUAAAGAGAAGAAACUUGAUGCCGGUGACGUCGUUUUCUUUGAACGUUCUCGUUUUGAAUCUGACAGAUUUUUUAUUGGUUGGCGUCGUCGCGGUUCGGCUUCUACUCAAACUGCUCCGGUUCAGUUUAAUAAUACUCAGAAUUACGGGGUUGUUCAUUCUCAGGGGUAUAAUGGUGCUUCACAGCAACACCAGAUUUCUCCCUUUCUUCAUGCAGGGACAGAAGUUAGGCAGCAUGGAGAAAAAGGGAAGAAAUCAGGAGGGGGAAAUUCAAAAAGAGUAAGAUUAUUUGGGGUAAAUUUGGAAUGCGAAAUAGAAGAAGAAAUAGAAGAAGAGGAACCCCAAACUUCAGAUAAUGGCUCAUCUUUAUCAAGUCAGAAUCAGGGCGUUUCAGUUUCAGGUUUAGGAUUGAGUCCCACCGCCUACAAUUACUUUGACUACGUGGGUUAUCCUCCUAAUCACCACCAUUACGCCUCUCACAUGCUGUAACAGGACAUGAAUUUCACUCAAGAUGUCAACCAAAUAAGAAAUCGGUUAAGAUAAGAUGAUAGGAUUUGACCUUCAACUCUUUUGAAGCAACUUGCACAACAACUUGAGGUUUAUGAGAGCUACGAGGUGUAUGUCUUUUUGGGACUCCCACAAUCUAAUGUUACUAUCCAUUUAUGUUAAAUUCUCGACAUUCUAAUAUGAAAAUUGAAAUAUAUCAAAACAAAGAAAUUUUAGUCUUUAUAAAAUAGUUGUUUUUAUAGUCGGGUAGUAUAUCUUUAUUUAUUUUUGUUUUUUGAAUUUAACGAGUCUGUGAGUAACAUAGAUUGAAGAAUCGGGAGGACAGCCCUAAAAUUGAGGCAUAUUCCUCUAAUAAUGAACUUGUAGAAUUCUUGUAGUACUGAUAAAGAGAGUCCCAAAGGCAAAGGAAUGGAGGAGAUAUAAACAGCACAAGAGAAGAUGUAUGGGGACUAAAACGGGCCCCACUUUUGAUGGAGAAAUGGCAAUUUUGAUAAGUAUAAAUAUACCCAUUUCUCCACGUGCCUGUUUGGGUCAUCACUAUGAUAGUAUUUAAUUGGAACAAAAUAAAUAUGUAUGGAAAUAACAAAAUUAAUAAAUGAGUAAUUAUAUCGUUUA